CUCUCGGUUAGAAGGCUCCAAGUCGAGCAAGGCGAUUAGGAUAAAACUAAGCUAAAAUUAAAGUGUAGAAGACUCGUAAUCAAUGUCAAACGUAUGUGUCAUAUAAAAUAUGGGAGAAAAACCAGACAUGACAUGUGGAGAAAACGCAAGCGGCUACUCUGACACGUAGCCUAGGCUUAUUGCCUUAUUUUCUGCGCUACCGACAUUGGUGUGUCACUGUAAAUGGUCCGACUGGGAAACGUAACGAUGCAGAGGAGCUAUCGUUGGCUUGACCGACCGUUCAAACUUCUCACACUUACUGUGGUCUGACUUCAAUGACAAGUUAUUCUUUGUUGUAUAAUUAAUUAGAUGUUUCUUUUGGAUAUUCGAGUAUUAGAAUGAAUGGUGUUCCGAGUCUGAGAGUGUUGCCAAGCCAUGCACAACAGCUAAGGAAAUAUCUGCAAGCUUGUGGUGGUCUUGAUCUGAGAUACACCGUGCAGAAGCUCUCUGACGGAACAGUAGCUAUCCCAGUCCUGCCUUCUUGCCUGCCACAGCUUGACCUGCACAGUCUCCAACACAGAGUGACCUCGGAGAGUCCCUGUGAAAUCAUCCGCAUUCCGGUUCCUAAGCUUUCAAAGAGGGAGAGGGGCAGGUCAAGCAGUGAAACACUGGUGAAAAGCCUGCAAGAACUACUAAAUUCCCAUGGAGAAGGUUGGACUGAAGAUCUCAGAGGGGACCUUGCAUGUGGUUUUCAGCGUCAUGGAGAUUUGGUUCUUUUAGAGGAUAACUGUUUCUCUAAGCCAGUAUGGAACAAAAUUGGUCCAGAGUUGUGGCCUGCGGUUGCCCAUGGGCUGGGUGCAGAACGUCUGGCACAGAUGGGUCGAAUCUCCAGGGAUGGAUUCAGAACUCCUGUGGUGACCAUGCUGUUAGGAGAGGACCACUGGGUCACUCAUGUAGACAACAGGAUUAGGUAUCAGUUUGAUGUCACCAAAUGCAUGUUCUCUUCUGGAAACAUCACAGAGAAGAUAAGGAUAGCCUCAUUUGAUUGCCAUGGGGAGAUUGUGGUGGAUUUAUAUGCAGGUAUCGGCUACUUCACUCUUCCGUACUUGGUGCAUGCAGGAGCCAGUCAUGUUCACGCUUGUGAGUGGAACCCUGAUGCAGUGGAAGCUCUGGAGAGAAACCUGCAACUGAAUGGGAUGUCCCAUCUCUGCACCAUUCACCAUGGAGACAACCGACAACUGCCACUGUGCGAUCUUGCUGAUCGGGUGAAUUUGGGCCUCAUACCAAGCUCUCAGGACAGUUGGCCUGUUGCGUGCCGGCUGUUGAAGAGAAAGACCGGUGGUGUAUUGCACAUUCACCACAAUGUUACCUCACCACCACACAAAACAGGUUGUGAAAGUUCCUUUAUUGCUACGGUCGAGAGAGCACCUAAGACAAGAGAUAAAAAGGUCUGGCAGGCCUGGGCAGAUGACACUGCCAUCCAGAUAUCCACUCUACUACAGGACAUCACUGUCGAGCCAUGGAGGACUAGCGUCCAACACAUUCAGCAUGUCAAGUCAUAUGCUCCUCAUGUACACCACAUAGUACUGGACUUGGAGUGCAGGCCACUCCAGUUUAAACAGACCGCUUUGGAUGUUGACAGCAUGUUUGGUUAGCCAUAUGAAAAAGUCAGACAAUAAUCUGUGUAACUGGGCUGUAAAAAUCUGGAUAUUGAUUUGUGUUUAAUACAUAUCAUGCAAGUUAUUAUUUUUACAUUCCAGGAGCAUCCCUGAACUCUACACAGGAAAUAUUGUUUGAAAAUGUUCUGUACAUUGUUCAUCCCAUUAGCACAGGCAGUGCUAAACACCUUAUUACAUGUGUAUACCAAGGCCUUAAUAAAUGUUUUGAAAAACCAUAGGGAC